AUGUGGAUACUCAUUAGCAAUUUUGAGCACCACACAAUAUCUGAGAAUCCGAUUCUGAUCGACAAUCCGGCCGCCGGAAAUGUGGACCCUGCUCUGGUCCUCCCUGAAAACAACGCUCUCCCUGAAAAUAACCCUCCCAUUGCACCUGUGGUUGCUGGAAAUGAAAUGGCGCCCAUCGUUCACCCUCAUUUCAACCCUGAUGAAAGACGGUUCGUGAUUGAAUUUGUUGCCAAGAGGCUCAGAAAUGAGCCUCUGGAGGAGGAGCAUCGUAUCCAAGAAAUCAAUUUCUAUGACUAUCCACCCCAACACCUAGCAGCAAAUUAUAUUCACGGAAAGCCGGGCAUACUGUACUUUUUUACCCCGGUGCGGCGCCGUUCUAACGGUCAAGCCAUUCGAUCAAUUCCCGCAGAAUGGGGCGGCAAGUGGAGCCGUGUAGGUGGAUUUGUGCAAAAUAUCAAGAGCAAUGACGGUGUCGUAUUCAACAUAAAGUCGUACAAAUUUGUUCCAAAACAUCCAAGUCCUAACGACAUAUCUUGGCUGAUGAAGGAGUACAGCCUAUCUACUGAAGAGAUACAGCCACAUAGUAACAAUAUACAUGAAUGUGUUGCGGUAAAGCUGUACCGGAAGUAG